AUGGACUCACCCGCACUACACCUUCUUCUCUGUCUAGAGAACCGAAGGCUCCUGGGCUACCUGGAGAUGACACUCCGGUUGCAGGGGCUCUCUUUCCUUGCUCCAGAGCCCGAGGCGGCUUCUGUACCCAAGCCAGAGCUUGAGCAUGUGGGUCAGUCCAUUUCAGAGCCAGGAGCAGACAUCGACCUUAUAGACCUGUGGUUGACGGAUCCUAAUCCCACCCUGAUUCCCACCCUUGUGUCUUUGCUGGUCCCGUACGUAAAUCUUCAUCCGUCCUGUACCCUGAUUCCUCCUCCUGUGCUGGAUCCGUCGGCACCCCUGUUGUCAUCACGCUCCUUCGCUCUGCCUCACCUCGGACCUCUCCUACAGCAAGGCCUGAAAGAGAGUUUCCGGCCACGCUUUGGUUCUCCGGUUCCACACCGCCAACGCAGCUUGGACACCAGUCACCUGCACCUUGCCUCACCACUCCCUCAUCACCGCCGCAGCCUGUCUGCCCGGAGACUCCACUGGGUUCCUUCGGGACUCCAGGUCGUUCCUGGGAGUCAGCGGCUGGCCUCCUUGCUUCCUUUGCUGUGGUGUUGUCCCGGUCCUUCGACCACUCAUUGCCGGUUGCUCAUUUCGUCAUGGCUCCGCCUCCGGUGUUUGGACCCUGGGAUUCCCUCAACGCGUCAUCCAUUCCACUCUGGCUCCUCCCACCAUCAGCUCCACCAUUGCCCAGAGUGCCGACUCCUCCUCGCCUUCCACCUAAGCCUCCUCCCCUUUUCCUCACUCCCCUUCCUUCUGUCACCAUGGCGCGAGGACGCGCCUAUUCGAGGGGAGCAUGCUGUCACACACCGUCACGUCUGGAUCAGAAUGUAUAAUAACACAAAUCUAAUCAAUGACAGCCAUCAGAACCCCUGUGUUUUCAAUGAGACCUUAACCUACGUUCUUCUUCCAGUGAGUUACUCUCUGGUGUUUGUGGUGGGUCUGGUUCUAAACAUCACCGCCAUGUAUUUCAUCCUGUUUCGAACCAAACCCUGGAAUCCCACCACCAUCUACAUAAUCAACCUCACAGUUUGUGACACCCUUUACCUCCUAACUCUCCCGUUCCUCAUCUUCUACUACGUCGAUGAUAGCGACUGGCCAUUCGGUGAGCCCAUGUGUAAACUCAUUCGUUUUCUCUUCUACACAAACCUCUAUGGAAGCGUCCUCUUCCUCAGCUGCAUCAGUAUGCACAGGUUUUUGGGCGUGUGCCACCCGGUGCGCUCUUUAUCCUGGAUGAAAGCUCGCCAGGCACGUUUGGUCUCUGUGUGCAUGUGGGUGAUCGUGCUCAUCUUCCAGUCACCGAUCCUCUAUUUCUCCAGGACGAGAGAUGCUGGUGAGAUACAGGUGUGUUAUGACACCACCAGCAAGGAUCUCUUCAAUUACUAUCUGGUUUAUAGCUCAGUGGUUAUGGGUUUGCUUUUCGUCCUACCGUUUGGGGUGGUGCUGGUCUGUAACGGUCUAAUAGUGAGGAAGCUUCUAGAAACUGGAGUGGGUAGAAGCCCAUCGUCACAGCGUUCCAGGCAGAAAUCUGUGAAGAUGAUCAUUAUCGUCCUUCUCAACUUCAUGUUGUGUUUUCUGCCCUUCCACGUGAAUCGUAGUAUAUAUUACGCCAUUCGCUUUCAGCAGGUGAACUGCAAGACGCUAGAGUACAUCAGCAUGGCUUACAAGGUCACACGACCGCUGGUUAGCAUCAACAGCUGCGUUGACCCCAUCCUUUACUUCAUGGCAGGACAGGGUUUUAGAAACAGAGUUAACAAAAAGUCAGAUUCAACCAAGAGGUUUGACGAUACCCUUUAA